UACAUCCCAGCCAUGGCCCUGGUUCUGCAGCUGCUGUCGCUGCUACUCUCAAGGACCCGCGGGGACCCGGGGGCUUCUCUGGACGGCCGUCCAGGAGACCGGCUGAAUCUCUCCUGCAUAGGGGUCGCCUACCCCAUCCGCUGGGCUUGGGCGCCCAGUUUCCCCGCCUGCCAAGGCCUCCCUAAAGGACGCCGCCCCAUCCUGUGGGCGUCGUCGAGCGGGACCCCAGCUGUGCCGCCCCUCCAGCGCUUCUCCGGCCGCCUGCGCUCCCUGGAGCCCGGCAUCCAGCGGCUGGAGCUGCUCCUGAGCGCGGGGGACUCAGGCACCUUCUUCUGCAAGGGGCGUCACGAGAGCGAGAGCCGCACGGUGCUUCGCGUGCUGGGGGACAGGGAAGCCUGCAGGGUCCCGGCUUCUACCCACGGGUCGGGGUAUCCCCAGGUCCUGUUCUCGCUGAUGGGCGUUGGGCUGAUGCUGGGACUGGGAGUCUUGGGCGUGGUCUACUGGCGGCGCAGAGCCUGCUCUAUGCGGAUCUGGACCACGCGGCCCUCGGAAGGCGCAGGCGGCCAUCUGCAGUGGCCCCUGCUGAUGCCCCUACUAUCUAUGCGGUUGUGGUUUGAAGGAAAGCUCUUGCUCCAAACCUUCCAAAUUGGGAGCUCCUGGCUCUCCAUAACUCCCAUCCCCUUCUUGGCUCCCUCACCUGGAAGAGGAAGAAACUGUGGGAUAGAAUGAGCGCUAGUUAGGAAGUCUUGAGUACUGGGUCCCAAACUGACUCUGCCACUCCAUAGUUACUCCCAUCUUUCCUCUAAGUCACAUGUCUCUUUCACCCACAAUGCCUUAAACCUAAUCAAACCCUCUCUUCCCAUUUUAGGCCACCAACCCCCAGAUAAUUAUUAUUCUUUUCUUUAAUUUUCUUUUUCAUUUUUGUUUUUUGAGGUAGCUCUAGCCCAGGUUGACCUGGAUUGCAUUAUGUAGUUUCAGUUUGUCGUCAC